GGUCCCAUGGUAAACAUUUUCCAUUUUUGUUCCCUGUAUCAAAGCUUCUCUUAGUCUCACAAACUCAGUCUCUGCAAAGAUCAAAGCUUUAGAUCUGAAGAAAAAAAAAAACCCCAGAAAUAUUUGCUUAAACGAAGAUCUGGGUGUUUAUGUCAUUUAGUCGGGUAAAGUGAUGUUUCUGGCAGGUCAAUAAGGCUAGGUUGAAGUGCUAGAGUAAAUGGAGGUAACGGAUUCACAAAAUCCUCUUCUAGGAGAAACCACUUGUGGUUCUUUACUGCAGAAAUUGCAGGAAAUUUGGGAUGAAGUCGGUGAAAGUGAUGAGGAGAGAGACAAGAUGCUUCUUCUGAUAGAGCAAGAGUGCUUGGAUGUAUACAAGAGGAAGGUUGAGCAGGCUGUAAAGUCAAGAACACAACUUCUUCAGGCCUUGUCAGAUGCCAAACUUGAACUUUCUACCCUUGUAUCAGCUCUUGGAGACAAAAGUUUUGUUGGCAUUCCAGAGAAACCACCAGGAACAAUCAAGGAACAACUUAGAGCUAUAGCACCGGCGCUUGAACAGCUAUGGAAACAGAAAGAGGAGAGAGUUAAGGAGUUUUCUGAUGUACAGUCACAGAUUCAGAAGAUAUGUGGAGAAAUUACUGGGAAUGCCGGUGAGCAGACAGGUGCUCCUGCGGUGGAUGAGUCUGACUUGUCCCUGAAGAAGUUGGAUGAAUAUCAGUUAAAGCUCCAAGAACUUCAAAAAGAGAAGAGUGACCGGCUGCAUAAAGUCCUUGAAUUUGUCAGCUCUGUGCAUGAUCUCUGUGCUGUCCUCAGAAUGGACUUCUUUAGUACUGUAACCGAAGUACAUCCAAGCUUAGAUGACUCUACAGGUGUGCAGUCAAAAAGCAUCAGCAAUGACACACUAUUGAGGUUGGCCAAGACAGUCUCAGCUUUAAAUGAAGAUAAGAAGCAGAGGCUUCAUAAGCUUCAAGAGUUGGUGACUCAGCUAAUUGAUCUUUGGAAUUUGAUGGACACUCCUGAAGAGGAAAGACGAUUAUUCGACCAUGUUACCUGCAAUAUCUCUUCAUCUGUUGAUGAGGUGACUGUUCCUGGUGCUCUUGCUCUGGAUUUGAUUGAGCAGGCGGAGGUGGAAGUCGAAAGGCUUGAUCAGCUAAAGUCAAGCAGGAUGAAGGAACUUGCUUUCAAAAGGCAAGUGGAGCUUGAGGAGAUUUUUGCACGUGCUCAUAUAGAGAUAGAUCCAGAGGCUGCUAGGGAGAAAAUUAUGGCUGUGAUUGAUUCUGGGAAUGUUGAGCCUGCUGAGUUGCUAGCUGACAUGGAUAAUCAGAUAGCAAAAGCAAAAGAAGAAGCUCUUACCAGAAAAGAAAUAUUGGACAGGGUUGAAAAAUGGAUGUCAGCUUGUGAAGAAGAAAGUUGGCUUGAAGACUACAAUCGGGAUGAGAACAGGUACAAUGCAAGCAGGGGUGCACACUUAAAUCUCAAGCGUGCUGAGAAAGUUCGAAUUCUGGUCAACAAAAUUCCAGGUAUGGUUGACACUUUGGUUGCAAAAACUCGGGCUUGGGAAGAAGAUCAUGGCAUAUCAUUUACAUAUGAUAGUGUUCCCCUCCUUGCCAUGCUAGAUGAAUAUGCCAUGCUCAGACAAGAAAGAGAAGAAGAGAAGAGGAGGCUUAGGGAUCAGAAGAAGUUCGGUGAGCUGCAAAACACAGAACAAGAAGCCAUUUUCAGUUCUAGGCCAAGCCCCGCUCGACCAUCUGGUACAAAGAAGGUGGUUGGUCCUCGAGCAAAUGGAGGAGCCAAUGGAACCCAUAGCAGACGGUUGUCUCUAAAUGCUAAUCAAAAUGGAAGCAGAUCUGCUGCUAAAGAUGGGAAGAGGGAUAGUAUGAGGUUGGCAGCUCCUGUGAACUACGUUGCCAUAUCAAAAGAGGAUCCUGCCUCCCAUGUUUCCGGAACUGAUCCAGUUCCACCGUCACCCUAAUAAUAAACGAGAAAUUUUACACCCCCGUCAUGUUACUAGUGUUAUUGCCAUAUGUUUAGUAUAUCGGUUAGAAACCAAGAGCUGUUGUAGGGAUAUAGUCUAUGACUGGAGAGUAUACUGUUAUUAGCCGUGUAAUAUUGUGAUAUUUGGCUUCCGGAAGCUGGUUUUUGAUUCAUGUUGUUUUCUUUGCAUUAGUCAGAUCUGCUAUUAAAUUUUCUCCAGGGAAAAAAAAAGAAAAAAAAAUUGUUCUGGCAACUAGGGACAAGGUUCCAUAUUGAUCAUUGGCUUCUUACCUAUGAUUGGGGUACAUGAUCUGACAAAAUAGAGUUGUCAUUCAUAUAUCUGUUUUCACAAUUUUUUUGGGGUUUCAUUAUUUUAUUAAGUCUGUUUAUUUUUAAUUAGGUAUGAUCUAGGAAUCGGGAAAAAAGAUUAGUGCAGGGGAGUUAUUAGCUGAUUUGACACGAGCUGCCCAAAACGCAUGGAGAUAAACAUGAAUAUUACUCUUAUGAUUCAAAUCAAUCCUAUUAAAGAAAAUGAAUAGGAAAAGGAAUGAAGGGUUUGUCUCAUCUGGUUUAAUUGACAACUUUGUGGGCUGCUUGGGUUGGCUCUCUUGCCUUCAUCACCAUAUUAACAAAGAAAGUUUGUCUGCAUGGGAAGGUGGAUAAGCCAAGGGAGUGUUUCCUCACUUGUCUGUUUAUUAAAAGUAUUUAAGAUGAGCUGCAACGGUAUUCAAAAUGACAGUUAUGCCCAUGGAAAUAUGGGAUCAAAUGAUAAUAGUGAGAGGCUUUUAGUCAUUUAGUAAGGAAAUCAGAUUCAGAUUCUGAAUUCCAAAAGUGU